AUGGGAAUGCUACUCAAACGCCUUCUGUGUUAUCUUGAUCACCAGGCUUCCCUUGUAGCUGUACGUCAGGAAUAUAGGCAAAGUAUAGAAAGACUGAAGGAAGAUCACCAACAAGAGUUAGAAAAAAUCAAGGAUCAUGAAAAAACACAGAUAAAAUUGUACAAGCAGAAGUUGGCUCAAUUAAAAGAGCAGUUUGAGAAAUACCAGGUGCUUGCGGGAAUCGAGCAGCUGACCCGUUCGGCACUAGACGAUGCUGAAAAGGCAGCCUUGGACUUGAACAAUUCGCAAACAAGCCAAAACGGCCUGUAUCUAGGGGAGAUUUCCAGUUCCUCUGGUACGCCAACAUCAUCUCAGUACCACACCCCUGCGGCCACACCGGAUUGUGCCUCACGCGGAUUUCCCGUUAACUAUUCCAGCCCUGGCGAUGACAUCUACUCAACCCCUAUUGGGGAUCGGUCACAGUCACGUCUGUCUCCUGCCCGGCAACUCUCUUCCCCGGCUGUCGGCAGGCCUCUAGUUUCCGUGUCCCCUCCAUCGCCAGAGAAGAGGACUCCGAAUGCAGGGAAUAAAAACAGUGCCGAUGAUGACCAUGCCAAGGCCACUACACCACCUACUCCAGUCCCUACUCCUGGCCCUCCACCACCACCACCACCUCCACUUCCGCCACUCUCUAAUGAUUCUGGACCACCACCACCACCACCACCUGGAGUGCCACCACCUCCACCUCUUCCACCAAUUGGAGGAGGAGGUCCUCCUCCCCCGCCACCUCCUCCUCCUCCUCCCCCUCCUCCAGGUGGUGGCAUUCCUCCACCUCCACCCUUACCUGGAAAAGGUGGUCCUCCCCCUCCACCUCCUCCUCCUUUACCUGGCGGAGGCCCAGCACCUCCUCCACUUCCUUUUGAAGGAUAUUCAAUGGCAAUGUAUGAUACAUCUACUAAACCUGUGAUACAUACAAAGUCAAUAAUGAAACCUCUUUUUUGGACAAGAAUUCAAGUUAAAGACAUCCGGAGAAAACAAGCAAUGAAUCAAAUUCCUUCCACAGAAGAAGAUAUUUUAUGGGAGAAAUUGGAGGAUAUAGAAAUAGACAUGGAUGAAUUUGAUGAUAUGUUUUCCAAACCACCUGCUGAUAAUAUUCUCCGUGCAAUGGCCAAACCGAAACCAAAAACCAAAGAGGUUGCUAAACUGCUCGAUGCGAAGAGGUCCCAAGCAAUUGGUAUUUUCUUAUCAAGUAUUCGUCUAGAAAUGGCAGACAUUGAGAAUGCAAUUCUGCUAUUUGAUACAUCACAAUUAGAUCUGGAAAAACUGAAAACGCUUUAUGAUUUGAAAGCAGAACCAGCUGAAUUAAAGAAAAUCCGUGAUCACUUGGAGAAAAAACCUGACAUAUCUCUGGACAAACCAGAACAGUUUUUAUAUGACCUCAGCCAAAUUCCUGACUAUGAUGAACGAAUAUUCUGCUUCAUAUUCCAAUCAACAUUUCAAGAAAGCAUAUCUGCAAUAGAAAACAAACUAAAUAACCUGAAAAUGACAUGUGAGGCUCUUCAGACUGGUGCCACUGUCAAACGAAUUCUUUCCCUUAUACUAGCUAUGGGGAAUUACAUGAAUGGAGGUCACAUGAAACGAGGUCAAGCUGAUGGGUUCGGACUUGAAAUUUUAGCCAAAUUGAAAGAUGUCAGAAGUAAAGAUCGCCGUACAACUGCGGAAUUGCGAUCAAACAAAGUUCUUGAAUCUUCAGGAGAAAAAUUUCUCCAACCUUUCAAAGACAUAAUGACAGAAUUUUUUACCAAAGGAAAGCAAGAACUGAAGGACCAACAAGAAAAUCUACAGGAAUGCCAGAAGAAGUUUGAUGAGACGGUGCGUUUCUAUUGUGUAAAGCCUAAAAGCGGGGAGAAGGUUGUCACUGUGGGAUUCUUCUUCUCCCAUUGGGGUUCAUUCUGCAAGGACUUUAAAGAUCUUUGGAAGCGAGAACAGCAGAUUGUGGUGAAGGAAAGGAUCAAAGCAGCUCAGGAAAAAGUUAAGCAAUUGAAAGAUGUGAAGCGACCAACAGUACACACAGACUUUAGAACACAAAAAGUUUCUUUCUUUUUCUUUUCUUUCUUUUUUCUUUUUACUUUUCUUUUUUUUUUUCUUUUCUUUCUUUUUUUUUUUUCUUUUCUUUCAUUUUUCUUUUUUCUUUUUCUUUUCUUUCUUUUUUUUCUCUUUUUCUUUCUUUUUUUCUCUUUAUUUUUUCUUUAA